CAGUGAAGACAAAAUGAAGGUAUCAGCGAGAUGAAAAGGACAGUGUAAUGUAGCUGGGUAUGUGGUUGGAUGCUAGAAAGAUCAAAAGAUCUUCUUCGCAAACUCUGGCUCCACGUCAGACAAAGUCUCGUGAAUCAGAGGACAAGCUCUCGUAAGCUACACCGCAGGAUUGAAGUGGCGGAGAGGUCGGUCACUAGCCACACACACAAUAAUGGCCAAACACUUCCUUCCCUUCUGUGGUGGAAAUGGAUAAUAGGUCCACCCAAGCUGAGCGUCCUAGCGGUCCGCCGACUGACAGGUCCAAACCCCGAUGCUUCUGGCAGUGGCUGCGCAUCGAUGUGCCUUGCCACAUUCCUCCUGCACGCCCUCCUCGGGCAGCCAUAGGGAUAAGCUCCAAGCGAGGCUUUCUCUAAUCUUGGACGAACGAGAUCUGGAACAGGUUUCUCCUACCUUGGUUUUGACAUGCAGGUUGACCUUUUGGGUAGUACAUUCUGAGGUCCCUCAGAUAGUGUCACUUUAGGCAGUGUUCACCCCCCUGCCCAGCCC